AUUUCCUCUCCAUUUCAGAAACCAAAAAACCUGAGAGCCAACCCAAAAAAAAAAAAAAAAAAAAAAAAGAAUUCCACUGAUAACCACCAAAAUCCGGUUAAGCUUUCAAUUCUCCGACUUUCCGAUAUUCCAAUCAAUCUCACUGCCUACAUUCUCCGACGGCUUCUCCCACUAAUUUCUCCGAUCCGGAAUUGAAGAUAUGCGUGGCCGUAUUGUGCUGCUGCUGAUGUGAUUUGAUGUGAGUUUCAAAGUGUGCAGAUUUUUUGCGGAAGAGUUUUGGACUUCUGUUGAUGGGUGCUCCUAAGCAGAAGUGGACACCAGAAGAAGAAGCGGCCCUUAAAGCUGGAGUUCUUAAACAUGGGGCAGGCAAAUGGCGCACAAUACUCUCGGACAAAGAGUUUGGUGCUAUCUUGCAUCUGCGUUCAAAUGUUGAUCUCAAGGACAAAUGGAGAAAUAUAAAUGUGACAGCAAUAUGGGGAUCUAGGCAGAAGGCUAAGCUUGCACUCAAAAGGACCACUCCAACCGCUAAAAAUGACAACAGCCCUUUGGCAGUGUCAACUGCAGUUCAAAGUAAUGAAGAAACUGCUGAUGCUAAGCCUCUUGCCAGUUCGGGUGGAAAAGUGCAGACUACUGAGUCAAAGCCACCGAUUGCGAGGUUGGAUCAUCUCAUAUUUGAGGCUAUUACAAAUUUGAAGGAGCCAAGGGGCUCUGACAGAAACACAAUCACUACGUACAUAGAGGAUCAAUAUUGGGCACCAUCAAACCUUAGCAAGCUACUGUCCACAAAGUUAAAGCACAUGACAGCCAAUGGAAAACUAGUUAAGGUAAAGCAUAGAUACAGAAUUCCACCAAAUUCAGCUACUUCUGAAAAAAGAAGAAACUCUUCAACAUUGCUCUCGGAGGGAAAGCAGAAGGAUUCUACGAGAGCAGAUAAAAGUGUGGUCAGCAUUCUUACCAAAUCACAAGUUGAUGCAGAGCUAACCAUGAUCAGGAGCAUGACUGCACAAGAGGCUGCUGCUGCUGCUGCACAAGCAGUUGCCGAGGCAGAAGCUGCCAUUGCAGCUGCUGAAGAGGCAGCACGGGAGGCAGAGGCAGCAGAAGCUGAAGCCGAAGCAGCACAAGUUUUUGCAAAGGCAGCAGUGAAAGCAUUGAAAUGUAGAAGACUUGAUCUUGAUAUGAAACUCGCACAUGGGUAACUCAGUUGUUCAGCGACAACCAUGCAUGGAAUGGCUUAUGCUGGUGCAGCUAUGUCUGCUAAUGUAAAUAGAAUGAGCUUCCAUAUCUGGAGAAUGGAAACUUUGUGAUUUUUUUUUUUUACUUUCUUUUCAGUUCCAGGUAUCAUUUUGUAAGGAGCUUAGAGAUGUUCUGAUUUUCGGAUAUAACAAUGGAGUGUAUCAGUAAAACUAGUGGAACUAAGAGAUGGUUUUCUGUUUUUUGGUGAA